UAGGGUAAAAUACAUGUGUUGUCAUCCCCAGUACAGUAAGAUGGAGAAAGGGAGGUGAUAGAUGGGGGAUAGGGUGGAGCAGAGCCACUAUUUCCCUGCAAUCCUCCUCCUGGAUGCAUGGGCUGGAUGUGUGACAGAGAGAGUGAGGAAAGAGAGCAUGGGAAACACCGCCGAGCUUCCAGACGGAAACAAAGGAUUGCAGUGGAGACAGAGUGGAGUUAGAUCUCAAAUCCCUUUCCAACAUCAGGCAGGAAUAGACACACCAGUACGGUGGGAGGCAUUCUUGCAAACAUAAGUAAAGCAGCGAGCAGGGUAGCAAUCCAAGCACAUUUACAAGAAGGAAGCAGGGAGGGAGAGGGAGGAGAGGGAGGAGAGAGAGCAGAUCUAUUAGAAAAGGAAGGGGGGGGUGUUGCAUGCUCACAGAGUGUGACAGAGCUAGAGCGAUUCCAUGAGCGAGAAAGAGACAGAGAAAGAGAGGGAGAGCACAAAGCAGAGAUGAGGACCAAACACUGAGAUAGAAGUAGUUGGCAAGACUGAGAUCUGCACACAAACGUGAGCAAAGGAGGGGAAGGAGGAAGAGAGUGGCGGUUGAUGGAGAACAGGAGGAGGGGGAGAGAGGGAUGCAAGAUGAUGGAGCCCAGAAAUAGGCUUCCCAGGACAGCUUUUCAUCCCCGCUCUAUGCGGCAGACAUGACUCUGGGCAUUGGUCUGUGCUGAAAUUAGCCAGGGGGACAACGCAGGACAGCAGGUCUGCAGCACACUGCCUUGGUUCAGCAUCACUGGAUGCAGCAAGGCAGCUGAUUUAUUACUGAGGGGCUGGGUGGCAGCGUGUUUGUGCAGGUUUGUGUGUGCGGCUCUGAGUGUAUGCGUGUGUGUAUGUGUGUAUGUGUAUGCAGGUUUUUUAUUGGUCCUUGUAACGCUUGGAGCUGCGGAGCGACAAUUCCUCCAGUCGUAAAAUGACAUUUAGCAGGCAGCAGCUGUGUGUGCCGGUGGGGAUCUGCAGUCCUUAGUAGGAAGUGGGUGAGUGGGAUUCAAAUCUGUCAUCGAGUGCAAGUGUGUGUGUUCAUGGUGCUGUUUGCUGAGGUGAGCCAAGGAGGAUCAGAUAUGCAGCGUGUGUGUGUUAAGGUUAGAGUAGCAAAUGGGCAGUAAAGGCAAAGAUCCUACACAAUGCAAGGACGAGCGCAGAACAGCACUGAUGGCAGGAAGUGCAGGUAGAGUACAAGGAGUGCCCUGGGGGUAGGGUGGAGGACGAAGGCGGGCACAGAGGAGGAAGAGACAGAGGAGAAUAGAACAAGGGGACGGAGAGAGGCAAGUGGAAAAGAGAGGGUGAUCAUGGUUGUCAUGCAGUGAGCUAUAGCAUAUGCUGUAGUGCAGAACAGAGUGGUGCGGCAGGGGGAGGACAAGCAUCACCACGCAGGGGAGGGGGAGAGACUGAGGGAGAGAGGAGGGGUAGGCAAUCAGCACAGCACCUCUCCUCCACCAGGAAGAGAAGCACAGCGGGACAGGCCCAGGAGAAGACACUCACUCACCCACACACAGUCAAAGACGCACUGACGCGUGGCCACGUCAACGUGUAGAGGUCAAAAGGGAGCUGGUGCGGGACGGGGGUUGGGUGUACCCCCGCUGGCCGGCAGGUCCACAAGAGGGCAGGCCGGUCCUGGGAAGAAAUAGAAGAAGGAGUCCGCUGUCCGCUGGUCUUCACAAGUCCUGUUUCUUCUGACAGCUCUGCCACCUCUCCAUCACCAUGGGGGAAUGGACCAUUUUGGAGAGGCUGCUGGAGGCUGCUGUCCAGCAGCACUCUACCAUGAUUGGAAGGUGGCCAGAAAAAGGAGACCAAAGGGAUGUCCGUGUUGCUCUGUUUCUGCUGGAUUUGAUCCUGCUGACAGUGGUGGUGAUUUUCCGUAUCCUGAUAGUAGGCAUAGUGGGGGAGAAGGUGUACGAGGAUGAGCAAAUCAUGUUCAUCUGUAACACCAUGCAGCCCGGCUGCAACCAGGCUUGUUAUGAUAAGGCCUUCCCCAUCUCGCACAUCCGCUACUGGGUCUUUCAGAUCAUCUUGGUGUGCACGCCCAGCCUGUGCUUCAUCACAUAUUCCGUCCACCAGUCCGCCAAAGCACGGGACCGAAGCUACUCUCUCCUGCAUCCUCACAUGGAUCACCAUGGUCACGGUCACCACGGCCGCCAUCACGACCAUCACGCUCGCAAACUACACUCUCGCAACAUCAACGGCAUCUUGGUGCACCCCGACAGCAGUAAGGAGGAUCAUGACUGCCUGGAGGUCAAAGAGAUCCCCAACGGACCCCGGGGUUUCCCUCAACACAAGAGUGCCAAAGUGCGACGACAGGAAGGCAUCUCCCGUUUCUAUGUCAUCCAGGUGGUGUUCCGCAACGCGCUGGAGAUCGGCUUCUUGGCCGGCCAGUACUUCCUGUACGGCUUUAAUGUGCCAGGGAUGUUUGAGUGUGAUCGCUACCCAUGCGUAAAGGAGGUGGAGUGUUACGUGUCUCGUCCCACAGAAAAGACCGUGUUUCUGGUCUUUAUGUUUGCAGUAAGCGGCAUAUGCGUGCUGCUCAAUCUGGCUGAGCUAAACCACCUCGGCUGGAGGAAGAUAAAGACGGCCAUGCAAGGGGUGCAGGCCCGAAGGAAGUCCAUCUGUGAAGUGCGCAAGAAGGAUGUUUCACACCUGUCCCAGGCCCCAAACCUGGGCAGGACCCAGUCUAGUGAGUCAGCCUACGUCUGACAGAGGUUUCUCUGCCUGGGGGCUCAAGGACCUCUUACAUUUUGGAGAAGAGCUUUUCCCUGGCCCAAGACCCCGAUCAUCAGGGCACAAAACUCACCAAUGCAUUAUUAUUCAGGAGCACAGACGGACUCAAAGAGACUGUGUAGUCACGAGGAAGCAUCAGUUCACAAAGUCUUUGACACUUCAGGAGCAAAGAAUCACCUUCUUAAAAAGGCAACUGUCUUGCUUUAACAAAGCUUACACCUAAAGCUUACACGAUGGAGAGUUUUGCUCUGCCUAGGUGACACUAGGUGCCUUCAAAGAACAGAUUUAACUGAGCAAUUACUAACAAUAUUAAAAUACUGUAAAGAUAGUCUGAGGUUGAAUUAUCUGAAGUUCUUUAUUAUUUGCCUUUGCUGUAGGUCAGAAAUAAUCCCCUCAUUUUUCAAUUACAUGUGCAUAUGCAAGAGCUUAAGCGUGUGCAUGCAUACGCAUGUGUGGGAAAAAAAGGCAAUGUCUGACAUAAGUCAGAUAAUUGAAUGCUAAGCUAAUUUGAGCUACUUAAGGAAAGAUAAUGUUAUUUCGCAUUGUCCAUGAGCUUCGAGUAAAGUCACUCGGCGGACAAACAAGCACCUUUUUAAACAUGUUCUGCAAAACGUACACAAAUUUAAACACAAAAAAAACAACAGCAUUGAAAUCAGCAGACACCGGAACACGACAUUUCUCGUCAGUGUACCAGGCUUUUUUCCUAAAAAAACUGUCACUCUUCUUCAUAUUCUUUGUUUCAUUAGGUGCCAAUCAGACGGCAGACUGACAUCGCCUGGGAGCUUUUGUUCAAAGUGAGACACAUGGUGCACUGCAGAUGAGUUAGAUUUAUUUUCCAACACUGUGUCACGCACCACAAUGCUCCCAAUGCCUGCAAGGCAUGCUGUCUACUCUCAGAACCCACUGAAAACAGUCAGGGAAAGUGUGCCAGUGUUUCCACUUUGGCUCUUGAAGUGUGAUCGCUGUCUAAGGGCCUGAAUGGAGUUAUUCAAAGAUUUUUUCAGUUAAACAGGAAAACGUAUUGUAGUCACAAAUAUUUUAACGUGUAACCUCAAGCUUUUUUUCACAAGCAGAUUUGGUGCCAUAUUUCGAAGUUACUGUACAUAGUUGAAAUGUAAUAAUUACACUUAGCCUUUUCCCUGUGCGGUGUAGAUGGGCUUCACUUGAAUGGGGAAACAGGGGUUUGGGUGGUGAUGAAGAUUAAUCAUAGAUUGCCAGCUUUAACAAUAUGUAUUAUUAAUGUGACCUUUGUUAAGCCUUCGCCCUCUAAUGGAGAAAAUAUGUUCCGAAAAGUGUCCCCCCCCCCUCCCUCCCCUCCUUUAUGGACUUUGAAAAAGGCAUGUUACUGAAGCAUUGAUAGAAUGGAUAGAUUAUGACAUGUAACUUAAAAAGAGACUGUUUUAUUUAUUUGCAUCCUGCUCCUGUGAAAUGUAAUACUCAGCAUGCAUGAAGACGAAAAAUAUAAAGAGAUACUAACAUAGAAUUCCAUUGAGGGAAUAUUGAAAGUGAAUAACUGAAAGGCUCCAGAACUGCAGCAAUAAUAAUAUAAUAUAGUAUGUGAAAAAAAUAUGUGAAUAAAUUAUUAUGCAAACAGAGAUUUGGGCUGUGCUGUUUCUAACAAACAAGUCAUUGCCAUUUUACUUUUAAAAGGACGAUGUGAGUGUUAAAUGAAUAUUAUUAUGAAUAAUAUUGUAUCGCAGUGACACAUACUGAGGACAUGUUACCGCUACUGCCACGGCACUAAUACCACAGUUUCAAUAUUACAAGGAAAAGUCAUGCAUUCAAGUUGCUUCAUAAGUAAAAGUACAGAAGUAUUUUCAGUAAAAUGAUGUGAAAAGUGAAAGAACUCAGAACAAAUUCCGCUGUGAGUGUUUAUUAUAUUAUUGGAUUGUUAAUACUGAUGCAUUAAUGUGUAAGUAGCCUUUUACUGUUUUGACUGUUGAGUGUAGAGCUAAAUGCAUCAGCUUUACAUAGUAACAGUUAUAAAAAUGCAUCAAAUUUUAUGAUUCAUCAUAUGUUGUGUAAAUUAAAUCUUUAUCUGCAAAGAACUGUCAAAUCAGUUAGGUGGAGUAAAUGUUUAUUUUACAACAAUAUGUUGUGGAAAAGAAGUAUUAAAGUAGCAGAAAACUGAAUUACUUAAGUAAAAAAAAAGUACUUAAAUAAAGUAAAUGCUUACUUUUCCCCACUGGUGGUGUACGUGGCAGUGUGAUAUUAUUGUAACAUAAAAUAUUCAUUAGCUUUAUGUGCUCUAUAUUAUACAUAGGUAUAUACAACACAGAGUGCAAUGCAGUGCUUUCAGCUGAGUCAAAAUCUGCUCUAACAUUCAUCAUUCAUCACUGAGAAAUGAUACAUCUCUAAGUUUCUGUUGAUAAAUUAUUGAGAUUAUUAUAUUUCCAUCAUUUAAAACUCCUGAUUUUCAAUUGUGACAUGACACAUAAACACAUCAAAUCAUAACUGGUGAAACUGUAUUUUCUUUUACUGUAAACUGUUUCUGUUACACACUGUAACACACUGUUUCUCAGGCUUAACGUCACAUGUAGGCAGAGAAGUUAUUAGAGUGGACCUGAUGAUUUCGGUAAUGAGCGAGGUUCCUGAGGGAGAGAGAAGAGAUGUGUGUGGGCGGUAAACCUUUUAGUGUUAUUAAACCUCAUGUGGCCGUGUCCUGGAGGGAGGACACUGAAAGCAUGGUGGGACUACAGGAAGAGGGACAAGGGUGGUGAAGGGAGAGGUGUGUUAAUAAAGCUGAUUGUCUGAUA